GUUAAGGUACGGAGAGAUCGGAGGAGAGCGCAGUAUCUCUCCUUUUUCCUCUCAACGCCGCCCCUCGUGUUCGUCUAACAAACUCCCCGCAUUUGCUCCGCCGCCCAGCCCCUCCCUCCCCUCCUCCAGUUCUGCCCCUCCCACUCCCUGCUCGCGCCCUUCCCCUCCCUCGCCGGAUCAAUCUCUUCUCCGGCAGACUGGACGGCGGGGUGCCACCCCCCAAAUCUGCUCUGUUUCCAGGGGUUUGUGGAGGUUGUGGAUUAAGCACGGAUGGGGCCCUCAGGGCUCAAUCCGCAGGCGAAUCCUGCCAUUAACCAAGAGAAUUGGACCCCGGGCGUGUGGCCUGAGAGCGGCGCUCCAGGCCUUCCUGGCAACACGCCCUUGUUCCUGCAGGGCGAUGCGGCGGCCACCAUAGGCUGGCAAAAUCUUGCUGGACCCGGGAUCAGCCAUGCCUCGGCGAUGGUGAAUGCUAUGCGCGGGGGUGCCACUCGGAUGAGUGGCGCUGCCCAACAAGAUGCCGGGUCCUCCGUCCGGCCGCCCUGUAACCUGCCUGCUGGGUGCUGCACGCAGGUGCCGAUAAGUAUCGUGGUGUUCCAUAGGAGGGCAUCCAGGCCUGUGCCGCCACCACCUCAUACGGCCACUCCAGUUCCUGCUCCGCUCGGUGUAGCACGAGAUUCUGAAGAUGAUGCUUCUAUUCAGUUUGCUCGAAGAGAUUUCCUGUCACUUGGAAGGGAGUCAGAUGUUGCUGCCAAUGAUAUGGCCAUAGACCCUUCAACACUAGCAGUUCCAGUUAAUUGCAGUUCUGAACAUCCACCAAUACAGCUUCAGCCAGAUGGUGUAGAUGCAGAAGUACCCACAACCGGGAUUCAAGCUGAUGACAGUCAACAAUCGUCAUCAUCAUCACCAGGUAUCUCUGAUAGCCACUGUAAUUUACAAUUGGCUAUUCCUGCAAAUACUGAUGAAUUGGCCUCACUGCUCGCUGAAGGUGUGACUGAUCAGAACAUGCAAACGUAUCAGCAGACACCAGAAAAGCUCAAGACACAAAGUCAGCUGAAUGAUCACACAGUUUUAUCAGCAGCAGCUGCAUUCAAGGAAAUUGAGGAGGCCCCUGCAAGAAAAGCGAAGCCUCGGAGGAAGAAACAUAGAGCGAAGGUAAUCCGUGAAGACAAGAAGAUCAAGAAGCAAAAGUCUGCUGUUGCAACGCCAGAAGAAAAAUCUAAUCAGAAACUUUGCAAGCAAAUCAAGAAGCAAAAGCCUGCUGUUACAACGCCAGAAGAAGAAUCUAAUCAGAAACUUAACAAGCAAAUCAAGAAGCAAAAGCCUGCUGUUGCAACGCCAGAAGAAGGAACUAAUCAGAAAGCCAAGAGAAGUUAUGUCCGGAAGAAAAGAAAUCUCAGCUCUCUGGAGAAUUGCCCGGGACCUGUUAGCGACCAAUCAGUCUCCAGGGGAGCAGAAGACGCUGUUAGAAGCAGAGCUGUAUCAGUCCGAAGAAGGUUGCAGUUGGAAUUUGGUGAACAAGGAGCACUGGGAGACCAAUCAUCAGCUGGCAACUCAUGUCUCCACAUUGAGGAGAAACUCAUUCAUGCUAAAAGUUCUUUCUGUUCAACUGCCACUGUAUCAACUGCGCAGGGUGCACAUGGACUACACGUGGACAUGGAAACUUCACCAGGAGGAUUAGCUUUUGGCAUGAGUCGCAAGAUGAACAAACUGUUAGAUGAGUACAUACAUUUGCCAGAGAUGGGAACAAACUGUACACAAGAAGUUCCGCCUGCAACUUCUGGAUGUUUUAGCAGGGAGCCAACAACAAAACAAGACAGUGUACGAAGCACUCAUGGUCUUGAUGCCACAAGGAUUGGGGUUACCAUAAUGGAAGGGUAUAACAAGGGCUUGGAGGCAAACGACUCUAGCAAGGCUGGUUUUGCUAUGCAUUGCUCAGCUACGUUUAUACCUGAAACAGCAUCCACAGAAAGUCAGACUAAGGUGUCGAGAGUGGAGAAAAAGAAACAUCAACAGCGCAGAGAGAGUGAGUCCUCCCUAGCUGGCUCACGGGACUCGAUCAUCUUAAGUACUGCUGCUCAGAUGCUAGCAUUUUGUCAAGCUGGUGGGAUAAAAAAGAAGCGAACGGUCCGAGUCCGCAGGAGUUCGUAUGUUCCUAUAAUGAAUAUUGAGAUGAAUAGGGCACAAGUACUGCCACGGUUAUCUCAGUCAUGCCUGGAGGCCCUGUAUGAAAGUCCUGGUUUUAAUUUUUUUACCAAGAAACGUUCACGAAGGGUACGACGCCAUUACCGAAGAUCAGAUGGACUUUUUCAGCCUCCAGAAAACAGAAAAUUCUACCAUGAUGUUUAUUCUGAAGCAACAGAAAAAAGCUCACAAAACUCACAAUAUAAGUCAACUCCAUAUAUGGAUUUCCUUCAAAGAGUUGCAUCAGGGCUGAAAUAUCUUGAUUUGAACACCGAGCCUGUGCAUACAAAUGAGAUGUAUCCAUCUCUGACUACAUCAGCUGUUGUCCCUUUUGGAGCAACAGGCAGCCAAUCAAAUUCUCUUGUACCAUUUGGUAGUCAGAUGAUCUUUCCAUAUGAGAUGCCAUUGCAUUUAGUCAAGAAGCAGCGCCCUCGAGCUAAAGUUGAAUUGGAUUUUGAGACAACAAGAGUUUGGAACCUCUUGAUGGGGAAAGCAACUGAUGUGCCUGUUGAUGGGAAUGAUGUUGACAAAGAGAAAUGGUGGCAACAAGAAAGAGAGGUUUUUCAGGGCCGUGCUAAUUCAUUUGUAGCACGCAUGCGACUAAUUCAAGGCGACAGGCACUUUUCUCCAUGGAAAGGAUCAGUAGUUGACUCCGUAGUAGGGGUUUUCCUCACUCAGAAUGUAGCUGACCAUCUUUCGAGCUCUGCCUAUAUGGCCCUUGCUGCAAGUUUUCCUCCAGGGCCAGUUAAUAGCAAUUGUAAGGAUGAUAUUAUCAGUCAAGAUUAUGAAGAAAUAAUUAGCACGAGUGCAGUAGGAGGGAUAAGCACAUUUGACCUAUUUGACAACGGUGCAAGACCAGAUCUACGAGAGAACUUUGAGGAGCUGUCAACAAACAAUGAGAACAUACAUGUAGAAACAAAAAACAAUUGUAGUGCUUAUGAGUUGACUAAAGGUGAAGAUUAUUCCUUCUACUCCAAAGAACCAAAUGGAGAUUUUUGCGACCAACAAGAGACGGAAAUAAACCCCAAAGCAUCACAAUUUCCAGAUUUCUCCAUAGAGUUAAUAACAUCUGAAAGAAGCUCACGAGCAAUGCAGUUCCAGAAGGAUAUGUCAUCUUCUCAAAGUGUUGCAGUUUCAGAAACUAUUCUUCAAUCUCGAUUGUCUUCAAGUUCUGGGAAAAAUUGUUCACCUAAAGAUUCUGUUGGCAGCGGCGGUGGUUCAGCUUCUCAGCAGCUUGGAAGCAAUUUUGAUGGUGAAAAUUCAUUAGCAGGAAACGAUGCCUCAACCAAGGAACUUGAAUGCCAAAGAAUCAAAACAACAGCAAUAAAUGAUGAUAGUGCAAGUCAGCAUGGAAUUCCCUCUACUUCCAUUAUGCAUUAUCCAUUUAUCUCAGUUGAUCAUCAACAACUAGAUAUGGCAAAUGAAUCAUAUGUUCUGCCUACAUCUUCUAAUAGUUCCUCUGGUUCUGCAUCAUUGCACUUAAAAAAUGACAGAACUGAGAAGGAACUUCCUCUCUUGGUGCCAUUUGAUAAUCAUAUAGCACAAAUGAAUUAUAGCAAGACUGUUAUCUCAACACUAAAUGCUCCAAAAACAAGCACGGAUCUUCCAGUCAAGUUGCACUAUGACGAGCAGACUAGUUUUGAAGCAUCAGAUUUCCAGGAGUAUGAAUCACACUCUGUCACUGGUGGAACGGUAGCAGAAACAGCAAACAGGGUGGAUGAAUCUACUGUCGGAGGACCAGAUAAAGCAGCAGAAGCAGCAAGUCCAAAGAAAACAAGAACCACAAGAAAAAAAAAUACUGAAAACUUUGACUGGGACAAAUUUCGAAGACAGGCCUGUGCUGAUGGCCACAUGAAAGAAAGGAAGUCUGAAAGAAGAGACUCUGUUGAUUGGGAAGCAGUACGAUGUGCAGAUGUACAAAGAAUUUCUCAGGCCAUCCGGGAACGAGGAAUGAAUAAUGUUUUAUCAGAACGAAUCCAGGAAUUCCUGAAUCGCUUGGUUAGAGAUCAUGGAAGCAUUGAUCUUGAAUGGUUAAGAGAUAUCCCCCCUGACUCAGCAAAGGACUACUUGCUUAGCAUACGUGGACUGGGGCUCAAAAGUGUUGAAUGUGUUCGUCUACUGACAUUACAUCAUCUCGCUUUCCCUGUUGACACCAAUGUUGGCCGCAUAUGUGUAAGACUGGGAUGGGUGCCUAUUCAACCCCUUCCAGAAUCUCUGCAGCUACAUCUCCUCGAGCUAUAUCCUGUCUUGGAGACUAUACAGAAGUACCUUUGGCCUCGUCUGUGUAAACUUGAUCAAAAAACACUGUACGAGCUGCAUUAUCAUAUGAUUACUUUUGGAAAGGUGUUCUGUACAAAAAACAAGCCAAAUUGCAAUGCUUGUCCAAUGAGAAGCGAAUGCAGGCAUUUUGCAAGUGCCUUCGCAAGUGCACGGCUUGCACUUCCUGCACCUCAGGAGAAAAGUUUGGUGAAGUCGAGCAAUCAAUUCAGUUUCCAGAGUGGUGGCAUGCCAACUCCAUACUCAACUGUGCUUCCUCAGCUUGAGGGAAGUACCCAGGGACAUGAUUUUCGCACUAACAAUUCAGAGCCGAUUAUUGAGGAGCCAGCAAGUCCAGCACGGGAAGAAUGUCCAGAAACUCUUGAAAAUGAUAUUGAAGAUUACGAUCCAGAUACUGGUGAAAUCCCACUAAUUAAGCUUAACUUGCAAGCUUUUGCUCAGAACUUGGAAAACUGCAUUAAAGAAAGCAAUAUGGAUCUCGGGUCUGAUGAUAUCGCGAAAGCACUUGUUGCUGUUAGCACUGGAUCAGCUUCAAUUCCUGUCCCUAAACUAAAGAACGUGCGCAGGCUUCGGACAGAACACUAUGUUUACGAAAUUCCAGAUUCACACUCCCUUGUGCAGCAGCUAGGACUUGAUCAACGGGAAACUGGCGAUCCAAGCCCUUACCUAUUGACCAUAUGGAUGCAAGAUGACAUAAAUGAAAUGACCAAGGCCCCCAAACCAUGUUCUGACUCUCCGAUGGAAGAUGGAUUUUGUAAUAAUGAGAAGUGUCAAUAUUGUGUGCUUGAGCGGGAAAACCAAUCUAGAUAUGUCAGAGCCACCAUUCUGGUUCCGUGUCGAACAGCUACGAAGGGUAGUUUCCCACUGAACGGCACUUAUUUUCAAGUUAAUGAGGUAUUUGCAGACCACAAAUCUAGCUACGAUCCGAUAUACGUUGCAAGGGAGCAGUUAUGGAAGUUGGAAAGACGAAUGGUCUACUUUGGAACUUCAGUGCCCUCCAUAUUCAAAGGUCUAACAACUGAAGAAAUACAGCAGUGCUUCUGGAAAGGAUUUGUCUGUGUGCGGGGAUUCGAGAGGGAAACCGGGGCACCAAGGCCUCUAUGCCAGCAUCUGCACGUCGCGGCAAGCAAAGUGCCCAGAUCGCGCAACGCGGCAGCAGCAGCUGGGCGGAACUCGGAUUCAGCAAAGGCAUCGGCUCCAUGAGUAUCAUCACAUCGGCUGUCGACCUGUGCAUGGGUACGCUAGUGUUGGUUCCUGCGGGGCCACAGCCGUUCUUGUAGGAAAUAAACCGCUGCGCAAGAGAAUUAUCAUCCAGUUGUUGGUCUGAGUGUAGACGUUUGCUGUACUUCUGAGCACUAUUGUACCUUGAAUUUACUUUCCGGCCAAUUUAUCCACUUGCAAAGAGGCCUUUGUUAUGUACCGGCAUCUUGUUGUAUAUACACCAUGGUUCCUGUGAAAAACUUGUCUUGCCAGACGACCUUACGUA